UCUCUCUCUCUCACACACACACACACACACCCGCACACAACCACUUCUGCCUUCCCUCUCCUGAUAAGUACUUCACAUUCACUAAACCAAGGAGCCAUCUUUAUAGCUCUCUUCUCUCUGAAUCUCUGCCCUCUGUCUGGCUACUGGAGGUCCUUUAAUUCCUGCAACAUGGUGCAGUCGAAGAAGUUCAGAGGAGUGAGGCAGCGUCACUGGGGCUCCUGGGUCUCGGAGAUACGCCACCCUCUCCUGAAGAGAAGGGUGUGGCUUGGGACGUUCGAGACGGCUGAGGAGGCUGCUCGGGCCUACGACGAGGCUGCAGUGCUGAUGAGCGGCCGUAACGCCAAGACCAACUUCCCGGUUUCCAAAGCCCCGGCCGGGAAUGCCCCGCCGAACGAGAAUGAUCGUGCCAGCUCCACGGGCUUGUCGGAGGUCCUCAGUGCAAAGCUCCGCCGGUGCUGCAAGACGCCGUCCCCGUCCCUCACCUGCCUCCGGCUCGACACAGAAAACUCCCACAUCGGGGUGUGGCAGAAGCGGGCCGGCGCCCGUGCCGACUCCAACUGGGUCAUGACCGUGCAGCUUGGCAAGGCGGAUGAGCAGCAGGAGUCGAGGCGCAACGUCGAGGGGGAGGUGGGGCCACCGCCACCGUCGCCGAUAAUGAUGGAGGGGACCUCGACGCCGAGGAUGGAUGAAGAGGACAGGAUCGCAUUGCAGAUGAUAGAGGAGCUCCUCAACAGGAACAACUGCCCAGCCUCCCCUUCACAUGGAGAAGGCAGCUUUUUCAUGUAAUGAUCGAUCCCCAUCACAGCUAGCUUGCGGACGGAUUUGGCAGGCUUUCUUGGUAGGUAGGAAGGGUGGUUGGUUGCUGUGGUUUUUGUAUAUUGAAACCUAUUACCUACAUAUAUAUAUAUAU